AUCAAACAGAUAGCAAAAGACAAAGUGUUGUGCAAAGAGAGACGAAAUGGGAAAGAACUCUCAGCUGAGGUGGCUGUGAUGUUAAAACUCCAAGCUGGAAGAACUGGAUUAAUGGAGGAAUCAGCACCCGUGUCACUCCUGGACUGGUAUGAUCUGGACCAGGAGCUCAUCCUGGUGCUGGAAAGACCAAUGCCAUGUAUGGACCUUUUAAAUUACAUCAGGACAAACAGAGGCCACUUACAGGAGGACAAGGCAAAGAUCAUACUUAAACAGUUGGUUGAUGCUGCAAAUGAACUCGAGGAUAAGCGCAUCUUUCAUCGGGAUAUCAAACCGGAAAACAUCCUGAUUGAGACCAGCUCAGAUGUGCCGCGCGUUCGUGUCAUUGACUUUGGACUGAGCUGUUUCUUCAAGAAAACAUCAGUUUACCGUGUCUUCUGUGGUACCCCCCAACACGUCCCUCCGGAGUGGUACAGUCAUUAUACCUACAGGCCCGGCCCCACCACAGUGUGGCAGAUGGGAGUGGUCUUAUAUGAGCUGCUCCACAGAACAGUCCGAUUUGAUACCACAAGUUUCCUCAAACAUGAGCUGCCAAUCAGCGAUGAGCUGUCCAGAGAUUGCCAGGAUUUCUUACAGAAGUGUUUAAACACAUCCUACAUGCUGCGACCUACCCUGAAGGAGCUCCAGCUUCACCCAUGGCUCAGAUAAACCAACACUACACUCACACACGAGUUCAUGCCAAUACAAUACAUUCACAAUACAAGAACUAAUUCUGUUCUAGUUUUUCUUCACCAGGACCGUCAGGUUUUCUCCGGGUGCUCCGGUUAGACCAACUACAGUUCCUUUAGGCCCCCCGGCCGUCCGCGGAGAGGAGGAUCUCUCUUUGAAUUGCCUUUCCCGAGGUUUCUUCCCAUUUUUCAUCUGGCCUCAAGGUUUUGGGGAGUUUUUCCUCGUCUUCUUAGAGAGCUUGGGCCGGGUCAGGAGCUGCUUAUGAUUUGUGCUUAUGGCGAAAGCCAUAUCACAUCAUAAGGAAAAAAAAAUGGAUACUAAUCUAUCAACUGGUCAUUUUGUGAUAAUAUAAAAUAAUAUAAUAUAUAUAAUAUAAGAAUAAAAAAGAAACAACUUAGACUGUUGCAGUUUCUGAGACUGAUUGCAGAACAAUAAUCCUAUCAGAUAAAACAGGCUUGUCUAAAUGAAUGGACAAGACCUAAAAUGAUGAAGUGUGCUCUCUGCUUAUGACUUUACAUUGCUUUAUGCUUCACUCAUGUUGGCAUAAUGAAUAAAAGUUUUUAAAAUGUUUUUUUAAAACCCAUGGCAUCAUAUUUACUUACUUUCUUCCUAUUUACACAAACAGCUUUUUUUUCCAAAUUGCUAUCACAGACCCUGCAUACCAAUGGUACCACCCUGAAACUGUUGAAAGUGAGCAGUCUGAUGAAGUACAGUAUAUUUCGGUCUUCUAUAAAAUGUCCAUAUAUAUCAGAGAAAUCCAUGGGCCAACCACACUGCACCAUUACAUGCAAAAUGCUGAAGGUAAUACAUGCAGACACUGCCGAGAACAGAACAGAACCGAGAACCUUCAAUCCUGAGGUGUCUUUCUCUCAUGACUUGGAUGAGUUUCUGCCAAUCCCUGUCUUGCACAAGUCGCAAUAUCCAACCAAAAGAAAAUGACUUGUUGCAAAGGAAAGCAACUCUCAUUUAAUGAUGCCUCCACAGCAAGGUCCCAGUCACUCAUUCUUGAAAAGCAAAAGUGAUUAGAGGCUUU